AUGUUUCCCCAAACCAAACCCGUUCUUGUGGCGCUUCUCUUGGCCUACCGGGCCCUGGCUGCGCCUACCAGCCAUGAUCAGCAAGACCAAGUUCAAUCAGUCAUCAACGCACUCAAGGUCCAGAUCAAGGAGUUGAACCCCUCAUGGAACCCUUCGAUCAUCGACUAUGUCGAGUCAGCCCUCAAAGCGAAUGGAGUCUUGGAGGCCGAACACAUCACGGCCCUCAACCAGAAGAUUGAGGCGAUGACCGCUGCCAAGGGCCUCGACACUGAUGGAAUUGCCGCCACGACCAUCGAGUAUCUCACUAGCAAGGGCGCUUUUGUGGAGCCUGAGGAGCAGGUCGUCGAGAACAAGGUCCUGUACCUCACGACCGACAUGAUCAAUCAGGUUCUGGAGCAGGGAGGCGACGCAGUGAAGCGGGAUUGCCCACACCCAGGAAGACUUUGUGGAGGAUGCGUGAUUCUGUAG